ACGACAAGGAAACUCAUGCCGCUCCAGGUUGACUUCCCACGCUUCCUGAGCCACCAUGAAUCGAGCCCCCCGUGGGGUGGACCUGAGUUUCCUAAGCAAGGAGGAAGCUCAGCAGAUCUUCCAGGUGCUGGAGAGAGAUUCGCAGCUUAAAAGAGCAGAGAAAGAAAGGCUCAGCAAACUUAACAAGAAAAGAGAAGAUUCAACAGAACUUCCUGGAGUAACUGGAGAAUGGUUUCAAGAAAUACAGAGGACAAAAUUUCAGAAUGACUCUGAUGCCGGCAGAAUGUCCAAACAACCAUUCGCUCACAGGCUGAGAAAGGUCAUAGGGAAUGACUCUGCAAAUACAAAACCACUUGGUCCCCAGAAACAUGCAUCACCUUCCAUCCUUGGUGGGCUGCGAACUCCAUUUGCUUCUCUCUUUUCCUCUUUCAGAAGAUCUAAAAGGCAACAGCAUCCAAAACCUCAACAGAAUCCACAGGAAUACCCUUCUCGAUAUGACCACUUCGUUGCAGGUGCCCGUAUGUCUUCUAAAGUGGAGGAAAUGGCAAAGACUGAAACAUGUGAUGCUCCUUUGCCCUCUGAACCAACUAAGAAGUAUUUUGAGACAAACCAAACUGAGAUGUUGGAUGACAGCUCAUGCACAUGGAGUGAACAACUGGAAAAUGAGCUCUUAAAAGUUCUGGGCAAUUUGGAUGAGCAACUGGCACAGGAACAAUCUCGAGAGGUGAACAAGAGAACUCAAACUCACUAUGGUUCCAAAGCACCAGAGAUCAGUCACCAUCCUUCUGUUACUCAACAUAGCUACCAUGGAGGAGUACAAAGGAAUGAGAGGAGCAUGUUUCUGUCUGAUGGAGUAAGGACACCAAGAGUCAGAGAUGAAAACAAAGCUUCCUUCCGAUCGAGGGUGUUCUAUGAUACAUACCUGAAAAGACACUAUGCAGAAGACAUCCCAUAUGGAAAUGGGUAUGACAGAAAGUCUCCUGUCCUGAAGAGAGAGCAUACUCGUUCUCUGGGACGGUCUUCAGAAGGGAGCUUGCACCUUUCCUCAGGACAACUGAGCAGUGGGUUUGCAAGCAAGGACUUCACAGCCAAGGAUGCAGUUAACAGAAGCUGUUCUUUGUCUUGUCUUACAAGAGGACAGUCCUUGACAUCUGUUGACCAGCUUUCCCCAGACAGCCUGCAGCAUCCUUUGGGGAGCAAGAGAGACUUUGCACAAAAGAGCUUUCGCCACCAAACCAAGCGGACUCCCCUAUCCUCUAUUGCUUGGAAUACAUCACAAACUCCAGAACAUCCACUGUAUGGAGAUAGGCUUCUUCGGACACAGUCAUUAAUGGAGUUUGGCCCAGCGAUUGAGGAUACAGCCCCUUGUAUUCCACAGGAGAAUGCAAAAUACAAUUUUUAUAAAUCAAACAUUGAUUACAGAAGAGGAGUACCAAGUGCGACUCAUUCCAUAUUUGCUGACAAGCAAAGAGACUCUCUGUGUUUUGAUAAUCAGGAGAAUAAUGAGAUGGAAAGGAAUAAUUGGAAGCCUCGAUACAGAUAUCCAUCAUUUCGUAGCAGAAUAAACCUGUCCCGCAAAAGUUUUCCUUCCGGCAGAAUGGAGGAGCAGCUGUUUAGGCCGGACAAUGCCCAGUUGUACAACGAUGACGUCUUCCUUGCUUCUGAUUCUACUGUUGAAGGGUCUCCAGCUAAUGCAGGUGAAUGGCAAAAUCCUUCUAUGAGGAAAACUGGUUUGUGGCAGCAACAAUGGAAAAGUGAUGCUCAGAUUCAUGAGCAAAAUGUUGACCAUCCCGAAUCUGUAACAGACAAAUUGUUUUCAAAGCACGCAGAUUGUAUACAGAGACAUCCAGCAUAUGGAUUGUCGGUUCCAAAGAACCAAACAGAGUUUGCAGCUUCAAGACAAAAUCGGUUCACUGAGAAUGCUCAGACCCCCUCGCAGACUUUUGUUAAACAUUUUCAAACCAAGAAGAACUUUAAAACAAAUAUCAUGGAAAAGGUGAGGGGUCCUGACCAAUCAGAUAAAGUAGAUAGUAGGUGUAUUACAGAAGAAGCAUUGAGACAUAUUCCUGGGCAAAGGGAAAGUACAACAAAGUCACAAAUAUCUCCUCCUGCUCCCUGUUCUGUAGGUGUUUCACCUCUUUCACUGAGAAGCCCACCCAAAUGGACUUUGCUAAGAAAUAGGGAAAAUAUUUAUUUAUCUAAUAUCCAUAACAAGGGACAGAAAAAUGAAGAUGGUUGCACCGUAAGCCAUGAUCUUGCUCAAACGCCUUCCUCUCUGUUAAAUGCUAAUCGUACAAAGUCAUUGAUCUUCCAGUCAGAAAUCCCCAAAAACAUUAUGAACAACAAGAUUUCUGAGAAUAUUCCUUCAUCUGUUUCCAGGAGAGGUUCUGAUAUAUUUUCACAUAGUGAUUUACCAGGUUCUUGCACUGAAAAUUGUCAGAAACAUAAUAGAUUUGUUAAACAUGCAACUAGUAACAGCAUUACUGGUUCUCCCAGUAACAGUCCUCCCAGAUCUCCUAAAACAUACUACACCUUUCCUAGAAAAUCAGCCAGUAUUGAUGGCAAUAUUGUAUCUGAGAAACUGGUCUCCCAUGCUUUCAGGCAAGUCCCAUACAGAAGCAAAAUAGCUAUGUGGGAUAAUUUAGAAAUGGUUGGAUCAAAAAGAAUUGAAAAUACAUAUUCAAAUAAGGGAGAUAACAUCACCACACACAGUCCAGUUGACUCUUCCGUAAACCCAUCACCCAAAGAAGUUGCUUGUGAGAGUAUUUCACAAACUCAAGAUAGCCAUUUGCAGUUAACUCAGGAUCCUAAGCACUCCUUAGGUGACCCUAGUACCAUUCUCAGCAAUUCAGAAAAAGCAGACCCAAACAAAACUGAAAUAUCUGUCUUUUCUGAGGGUGAGGACAAAGAUGCAGGAAAUCCUUUAAAGCAAUACAAAACCACCAGCACAUUUACAGUUAGCAUUGAGGAAGAUAAUGUGAAAUACCAGGAACUGGUUUCAGUUUAUUAUACCUUACCACGGAAAUAUCCAAGAAUGCUGUGCAACCUUCUUCUAGACGACACAGAGAAGAGAGAUCCUUCUCUACCUAUAGGGAACUCUCUAUCCACUGAAAAGAAGUAUGAAGUUCGUAUUAAUUUAGCAACAGUAGCAUUUCCAUCCAUCUUGAAAAAAGAAGAAAAAGCAAAUUUGCCCACCAGUGUGACUUCUCCUUCUAGCACGCAACUGAAUCCAAACACAUCAGCGGAUGCUACUAAAGUAAGUUCCCAUGUUUUGAAUCUUAUUGGGGAGAAAGCAGGUGCUUCUCAGUUGCAAAAUAUGACACAUUGUCAAGAAGAAGCUCCAACAAAAGCACCAGAACGUUUAUUGUCCAGCAGACUGGGAUCAACUGGUCCUCUGGAUGGUCCAAAACACAGUGAAUCAGAGGAUAAAUCUCUCCAUGCAAUUAGUAAUAAUAAUAAUCUUACAGCAACUUCUUCAAUGUAUGUUCAGAAAGAUAACCAUGUGCACUGUUUGACAUCUACUGAACCACCAGGAAACACCAGCCCACAUAUUCCACCUUCCCACUUGAAUAAAAAUGAUCAAGAGAGACAAUGCACAGCACAUCGAGAUGUUCACACCUCAAUGAGCUCUACUGAAGCGAAAAUUAGACAAGAUGAGGUCAAAGGAAGUGCAAGUUAUUUGUAUCAUAAGAUAUUUAAAAAAGGAAAUGAGUUGCAAUCAAGACCCAGCACAUGUAACACCUUGAUUUCAGAAACCAAAGUGCCUUCAAAUGUCCCAAAACAAGCUCUACAAGUGGAUGCAAUCUCCCCAAAGAAUUCAGACCUGCUACCAAAUAGGAGUGGUUUGGAUUACUCGAAUACUGAAAAAGAGCCUGUGUCUCAGAAUUUUUCCCCACACAAAGUUUGCACGAGUUCACAGAGACCUGUAGAAAAUUCUGCAGAUCACCAGAAAGUUACCCCUAAAGAUGAGCUUACAAAUACCGCAAAGGAUUUGCCUGACGAUUCAGCAGACGAAAAUAAGCUCAGCUCAGAUUGCACCAAAGACAAAGCGAGUGACAUAGAAAAAAGGAAAAACAGGUCAUCCAUUAAAAAUAAACUUGCAGCCAUGUACAAGACAAGUCGAAAGUUUUCCAGUAAGAAAACCGUAACUUCCAAAUCACUCACAAGUAACAUGUUUUCACAGAAUGAUGCCUCCCUUUUAGAGAUGAGUAACCCAGACUGUGUGUCAAUUUCAUCCAGUAUUCCAGAGUUGUCUCAACAAAUAGGAAACAACAACAAGAAUCAGAACCCCCCACUUGAUGAAUAUGAAGGCAUAAUGCUUGACAAAACUGAGAAGAAGAAAUUGCACAUUCACGAAGGACCUUCAUCAUUCUCCAGUGAAAUUCGAAGGCCUUUUACAAACUUGUGCAACCAGAAAUGGAAAAGUCCCACUCCCAGUCCCAAACCAAGUAGGACAAAAGCUGGGACCAUACAAGAUUCUACAAUCUCGUUUCCAAAAGAAAUCAUUCCUAAGGUACAUAGUAACUUCCAAGUAUGUGAUGAUGGUUUGAAAAAUAACAACAAACCUAUCUCAAGAGUUAGCAUUGCAGUUCCAAAUCAGAAGGGGAACACUAAUGUUGCAGACUCCUCCCUUUUCCCACUUCCAUCCAAUAUGAAUUUGAAUGUUCAUACAAAUUAUUCAAAGGUGAACAUCGGUCCAUCGCAAGAAGUGGUAUUCCCCAAAGAAUCUGGUCGUCAUGAAAAUAUAAAGCAGGCAAACAGAUUUGGAAACCCUAAUCAAUCCUGUGUCGAGACAGUCUCAAAUUUAAGUAAAAUACGUGAACGACAUUUAUCUGAAAGUUCCUAUAUACGAGACUCUCCUGAUCCCUUGGUAUCUGGAAGCAAUGCGAUGCGACCUGGUGGUCGACACAGUCGGAAGUUUAAAUCUUAUUCUGAAUUGUUGUCUUGUGACGAAAAUGAAAAUUGGGAUGCAUAUGAUGGCAGUAGCAGGACCCUUGGUUCCAGGCGUGUGAUGUACCCAUCGAUCGAGUUUGGUAUCUUUGGGAAAGAGCAGCAGCAGACUUUCUUAGAUAACAUAAAGAGAUCACUCACAGAAGGACGGUUGUGGAGCCCGUGCCUUCUAAACAACCCCCGGCCUCUGAAAGACGAAGAGGGUUUUUCCUUUAACAGGCCAGAGCAGGUGAACUUGUGUUUCGCCAACAGAAACAUCUCCGCAAAAGGUGCUUCCCCAAAGGAGCGUCUUCACAUCCAUGAAGAAGAUUCAGCAAGUUCUUCAGAAUCAGACUCUGAUACCACAACAGACGAUGAAUAUUACCUGAAUGGGAAUGAGAAAGAAUCAGAACUUUGAAAGGCUAUAACAUAACAAGCGGGGAAGGGGAUCUAAAUGUUAGUUUCUUUUGUUCUUAGGAAAUUUAUAAAUCUAGGAACGGGAACACGAGUAGAUGGUACACAGGCUCUGAUUUAAUUUCCAGGCUACAUUGCUGUGAUCACCCCACAAAUCCUUGAGAAAGUAAAUGUACCUUUAUCAGUUUGAAGGAGUAGUUUUCUAUGGCUUUGACCCUUAGGAGCCAAGAAAUGUGGGGAAAGCAAGAAGUGACUGGAAAUCGACUUCUGGUUUUGAAGAAUGGGUGCUUAAAGAUUAUAGAAAAUAUGGGGGCUGCGGUCUAUUUGCUACACAGGAGCAUUUUGGAGGCCAGGGGCCACCAAAACAUGGCUGCAAUUUGCCCCAUGCUGGAGUUUACGUUUACAAUGUUGAGUUAAGCUACCUUCAUAAAAUGUCUAAAAGAACAAGCUUCAUCUCUUCAAGGCCCUGGAGAAAUGUGUAGUGAAAAUGUGUUAGAGGUUCACAAACAGAGUAGGUAAUAGUAAUAAUAAUAAUAAUAAUAAUAAUAAUAAUAAUAAAUCUUUAUUUGUAUUUUGCCCUAUCUCCCCACCCCCACCCAACAACAAGAUGCCGCUACCAUUAUUAUCCACAUUAUAGAACAGGCAUGGGC